UCAAUUUAUAGAAGCAAAAAAAAUGUACUGAGUGCCAGACAUGGUGGUUGGUCCAUUAAGACUCUCUUAAGAAAUCCUAUGCUGAGUUUAUAGGGUAAGAGGAAAAAGGAGCCAGGACUGCAUGCUGUGAUGGGAACAGUAUAAAUAAUCAGCGACCGCCGAGGUCUGAUUCCAGCGACAUAGACCGAUCUGAAGACAAGUGAAUGUUUUCACCUUGUGACUUGAGAACCUCAGAUCCAGCGGACACAGAGGAGCAGAGCGCUGCCCUGGACAAGCUCACCAGAUUCCAGCCUCACCCCAUGAGAAUGCACUUCAGUGCAGUUACCAGGGACAUGGAGGCAAUUUCCAGCCCCUGGCUCACCCAGCUGUCCCAUUUUUGCGAUGUUGCAGCUUUCACGGCCAACAGUUUGAGCAGCCUGAAUGCUUCAGGGGGCUACCAUCUCUCCCCUUCACCUGGGGACCCUUACAGCCAGCACGAAGCUCACUACGAGCCCUGCUCGGCAGCCCAGCACUCGUACAGCUUUGGCCCUGGUUCCAGCCAUGCCUGCCCGGAGACUGAGAACGGAGCUUCUUCCUCCAGCUGUUCCUCCUCUUCCACCCCAGGAAGCAACAGCAACAACAGCACUAACAAGGCACCAGUGAAGAAGAACCCCAAGGUGGCCAACAUUACAGUCCAGCUGGAGAUGAAGGCUCUUUGGGAUGAGUUCAACCAGCUGGGCACGGAGAUGAUAGUCACCAAAGCUGGAAGGCGUAUGUUCCCCACCUUCCAGGUUAAGAUAUUUGGGAUGGAUCCCAUGGCUGAUUACAUGUUAUUAAUGGACUUUGUGCCAGUGGACGAUAAACGGUAUCGUUAUGCCUUCCAUAGCUCCUCUUGGCUGGUGGCAGGCAAAGCUGACCCUGCUACCCCAGGGAGGGUCCAUUACCACCCGGAUUCUCCAGCCAAAGGUGCCCAGUGGAUGAAGCAGAUCGUGUCUUUUGACAAGCUGAAGCUGACCAACAAUCUGCUGGACGACAAUGGCCAUAUCAUCCUGAAUUCAAUGCACAGAUACCAGCCCCGCUUCCACGUCGUGUACGUGGAUCCAAGGAAGGACAGCGAGAAAUACGCGGAGGAGAACUUUAAGACGUUUGUGUUCGAGGAAACCCGCUUCACUGCAGUCACUGCAUAUCAGAACCACAGGAUAACACAGCUUAAAAUAGCAAGCAACCCAUUCGCCAAAGGAUUUCGAGACUGCGAUCCAGAGGACUGGCCCAGAAAUCACAGACCAGGAUCUCUUCCGCUUAUGAGUGCUUUCGCAAGGUCCAGGAAUCCUGUUUCAUCUCCUCCACAGAAUGGCAGUGAAAAAGAUGGGGACGGAAGAAGAGAGUACGAGAGGGAUACUAGUGGCACACCUCUGCAUGGGGACGCAGCCCACCAACAGCUCAUGUCCAGAGUUCUCAGCCCUUCCCUUCCUGUGCCAGGUGGACUUGUCCCUCUCAGCACUGGCAGACCAAGCCCUCCACAUGAACUGCGUUUGGACCCCCAUUCUCAGGGUUCAGAACCCCUCCAUCACCACCCCUACAAAUAUCCAACAAGUUAUGAUCACUACUUAGGCGCAAAAACAAGACCGACCCCUUACCCUUUGCCGAGCAUCAGAGGACAUGGCUACCACCACCACCAUAUGAACCCAGCAGCCAACAUGUACUCAGCAGCUGGUGCACCCAGUAGUUAUGAGUACGGGCCAAGAUAACACCUGAAAAAGACAAAA